ACAACUCAUGGGGCCCCCUGGCAAUAUGAGAUCAUGGGACCCCUGGAAACUAAGUAGUGGAUGUGUAUGGAUCAGGGGCGGACUGACAACUCAUGGGGCCCCCGGGCAAUAGGGGAUCAUGGGGCCCCUGUGUCCUUGCCCAAACUAAAAAAAGCCUAUGAAAAAGGUACCAGGGCCAUCUCAUGGGGCCCCCUACUGACACCGGGCCCUCGGGCAGUGCAGUGCCCGAGUUUCCAAAUGGCCAGUCCGCCCCUG